AUGUCGGAUGCUUUCUUUAGUGCUUGCUCUUAUUGUGAUCUUUUUGCAGAAUCGGCUGGUUUAUGUUCUGAUGACAAUACAACCAAUGUAGCUCCAAUUUUCUUGGUUACAUUUGGCGCUGGUUCUGCUACCUUUUCUUUAGACACGCCUGCUAACCUCAGUUUUACAACAAGUUAUCAUCAACUGUUCGCAAAUCCAAUAUCUGAUGGCGAUUUUGCUUUUACUAAUGUAGUUCCUAGUAGUCCUGUUGUUUGGCAUGGAGGAGCUGUAGAUCAUACACCUAAUGAUAGCGGUGGAUACAUGUUUUUGGCUAAUGCAGAUCCUAAUCCUGGCGAAUUUUAUAAGGACACUGUUGAUAAUUUGUGCAUUGGUCAACGGUAUGAAUUUUCGGUCUAUUUGACUAAUAUUGUCAGACCAUAUGGUCUUGCUAAACCGAACGUUUUAUUUGAAAUUCGAACUGCAACAUCUGACAACACUUUAAUUGCACAGAAAAGUUCCGGCGACAUACCUGAAUAUAGCAGCAUGACUUGGACGAAAUAUGGUAUUUCAUUUGUAGCAACGAAUACAUCAGUCGUCUUAUUAAUGAUUUCAAACACUCCCAAUGGAGGAGGAAACGAUAUGGCGCUUGAUGAUAUUGCCUUCAGCAUCUGUUCAAAUGCAAGUUCUGGUGUCUGUUCAAUAGGUUAA